AUGCAAACAGGGCAACCUAUAAAGCAAGACAUUCCUCUGAAGUUCUGUUCUUACAACGGAACCAUCUGCUGCAACUCCACUCAAGAUUUGGAGUUGCAGAAACAAUUUGAAGCACUAAACGUCUCUGAUCCUGCAUGUGCUGCUCUCCUGAAAUUGACCAUGUGUGCAAUAUGUGAUCAAUUUUCUGCUCAGCUAUUUGAAAUUGAUUCUGGGCCUAGAAAAGUUCCUGUUUUGUGCAACACCACUGAUUUGGUGAAACCUCAUCAGUCCAAAGUUGGAGAUUCCAUUGACUUCUGCACAAAAUUGUGGGAUACAUGUGGACAUAUAUCCAUCUUGAGUUCUCCAUUUGCUCCACCAAUGCAAGGCAGCGUUGGGAUGCAAUAUAGUUCGUUGCCUUCCAAACUGACUGAUCAGUGGCGCUCAAGGAAAGACUUCUGUGAAGAAUUUGGUGGGUCAGAAGAUGAUGUGUGUUUUAAAGAUGAACCAGUUUCAUUGAGUCAAGAAAAAGCUUCACCUCCAGCUGGUCUUUGCCUUGAGAAAAUUGCAAAUGGAGCUUAUAUCAAUCUAGUUCCACAUCCUGAUGGUUCCAACUGCGCUUUCGUGUCUAACCAGCAAGGUAAGAUAUGGUUGGCAACUACACCUGAUGAGGGAUCAAAUGGGAUUUUGUGGAUCAAUGAAUCUGAACCCUUUCUGGACAUUGCUGAUGAAGUGCUCUUUGACACUGAAUUUGGUCUAAUGGGUAUGUCAUUUCAUCCAAACUUCGUGCGCAAUGGCCGCUUCUUUCUGUCAUUCAAUUGUGACAAGAUGAAGCAUCCAGGCUGUUCAGGCAGAUGUUCAUGCAAUACAGAUGUGAAUUGUGACCCCUCAAAGCUUCCGGCUGAUAGUGGGGUGCAGCCAUGCCAAUAUCAUAGUGUUGUUGCAGAAUUUACUGCCAAUGGUACAGCGUCAGAGCCUUCCUUGGCAACAAGUGCAAAUCCUUCAGAAGUGAGAAGGAUAUUCACAAUGGGGCUUCCAUACAGGGGAGGUCACGCCGGUCAGAUUCUUUUUGGACCUGCAGAUGGCUUUUUAUACCUCAUGAUGGGAGACGGUUCAAAUCGAGAUGACCCUUACAAUUUUGCACAGAACAAGAAAUCCUUGCUUGGAAAAAUUCUGAGGCUUGACAUAGAUACCAUACCAAAUGCAAUGGAAAUAAGUGAAAAAGGGCUAUGGGGAAAUUAUUCUAUACCAAGUGAUAAUCCAUUUGUUGAUGUCAAGGAUGUGAAGCCUGAGAUUUGGGCCUUGGGAUUCAGAAAUCCUUGGCGCUGUAGUUUUGAUUCAGAAAGGCCCUCCUACUUUCUCUGUGGAGACUGUGGACAGGAUCAAUAUGAAGAGGUUGAUAUAGUGAUAAAGCGUGGAAAUUAUGGGUGGCGCUUUUAUGAGGGCUCCAUUCCUUUUCAGCCAACAAAGUCUCCAGGAGGAACAACAUCUGCUACUUCCAUAAACCCCAUAUUCCCUGUAAUGGGAUACAGCCACUCUGACAUAGACAAGAAUGUAGGAUCUGCUGCAUCAGCCUCCAUCACAGGCGGCUACUUCUAUCGAUCGAUGACUGAUCCAUGCAUGCACAGCACGUAUUUGUACAUGGAUUUGUAUGCUGAUGCUGUGUGGGCAGGCACUGAAAGCCCUGAAAGCAGUGGGAAUUUUUCAACUGCAAAAAUGCCUUUCAAAUGUGCUCAUGAUUCUCCAAUUCAAUGUAACAUUGUGCCAGCUGGAAUUUCUAACGCUGAAGGAAGUUGA